AUGCCCAAACCGAACCGUAAUGGACGAACCAGCAAGAACAAAGACAGAGCCGCUCGACACGCUUCCCAGCAGCCGUCAUCUCAACCUACCUCGCAGCCUCCUUCACAACCUGCAUCUGAACAAUCCUCUCGCCAGCAUUCACAGCAGCCCUCGCCACUCCCCACACCCUCGACGGGCCAGCGCCAGCUCCCGACUCCGUUGCCAGAGGUCGACUUGAGGCCCCACGGCGGGCAUUCGGUUAUGGCCCACGAGUACCAGCACGGCGUCGAAGACGAGUACCGCCACGGAUUACAGCACGACGAGUACACCGCGAACCUGCACCACCCACCAGCGGCUCACUCGUCCUCCUCAUCCUCAGAGACACCCCCGCCCGAGUCGCCGCCUACCAUUUCAGUUGAUGAGGGGCAUGGUGGAGGAGGUGGCAUGCUCCCCCCGCUCAGCUCGAGCCCCGGCGUGGACGCUUUAAUCGACUUUGGGGUCUCUCCUGGCACGGUUGGCACAACCCAGGAUGCCACCGCAACCACUGUCCAUGCGAAAGGCUACGGGUAUGCAGGGGGAGAAGGCUAUGGUGCGCAUGAUAUCGUUGACUUUGGGGACGACGUCGCGGGGAUGGGGUUGGGGUUGGCUCUUGAGGGCACAGCGUACAGCGGUGGAAGUUACGAGCACCAGCACGACCACAGGACCACGCCUUGCGAACACGACAACAGGAAUAUAGCCUACGGAGACGACCACGACGCUGAGGACGAAGCCUACAAGAGCAAGAGUCCGCCGUUUAGGCAGGCUGCGGAGCUGCCGGAUCUAGAGGAGGACGAGGAGGGGCUUGGAGGGGUGGCCAUGGGAGGUGGAGAGGGUAGAGGAGGUGGAGAGACGAGUUUGAGCCCGCUGCCUACGAGGCCUCGGCUUUUGGACGACGAUGAUUACCGGGAGGGUGGAGAGGGGGAAAGGGAGGAAAGGGGGUAUGGAGAGUUGGGAUACGGGUAUGGGCAUACGAGAGAGCCUGUUAUUCCGUCUAGAACCCUCUCGCACACCUCUUCGCGCUCCUCACGUUCUCCACCGCCCGUCGGUUCUCGUUCCAGUAAUCCCAGUUCCGGCACACCCGUCUCCACAACUGCAUCAAGUACCCGAGGGUCGACGUCGCAAGCUGAGCGGACGCGGUCACCAUCCGUCCCAUCUACCCGCUCCCCGUCAGCCCCGCGUACCCGCUCGCCAAUCCCAGCGGCGGUAUCAGCUACGCGAUCCAAGUCGCCGAUCUCGCCUUCGUCGUUGACGCGUACGAUUAGGAGUCUUGCGCCUGGUGUGGUGGGGUCGUUUGCUGGGAAGGAGGAGAGAACGUAUAACCGGGAAGAGAGGAGGAGAGGUGAUGAAAGGGCUUCUUUGGAGGGGCGGAAGCGACGCGAGGAAGACUACGCCGAUCCUGAGGAUAGGAAGGUAGACCGCGGGGGAGGGUAUGGUGGGGUAGACCGCGGGGAAGGGUAUGACGAUGGAGAAGGAGAGUAUGAGUACCACCCUUUCUCGUAUGGUUCGCCGCCUGUUCGGCAGUCUGGUCUCCCCCCGAGGACGAUUGUUCCUGAGAGGCAGAAGUCGUGGAAGGAGACGGAGACGGCGCAGAGGAGGAGGAAGGCAUCGCCGUCGCCUCAUUCGCAUUCGCAUCGAGAGAGAGAGCGUGGGCGGGAACGUGGAUAUGACUACGACGAGGAGGAGGAAGAGGAUGCGUACGAUGAACGCGGAGAAGAGAGGACGAGGAGGGAGGCGAGGGGUACAGGACGCGAGAGGGGUUUAGGACGCGAGAGGGAGAGGGAGAGGAACGAUACGCUUAAAGCUGCGUCUGCUACCUCUGGACUUAGUCAGACUCUUCGGCAGGAGAGGAGGAAUCUCGACGACGAUGCCUAUUCUAUCGCUGCUGCGAAUGCGCCCACCGCCGCCAGAGAGGUCAACACUUUCACCUCCGGUAGAGAUAUCAAUGCAUCCACCACCACCGCAGCUCGCGACAGAGACGAUGCUAGACGACGUGUAGGACGGAGUAGUGCUGGUGGUAGUAGUGGUGGUGGGGCUGAUACCGUUCUUUGGGCCAAAUGGGAUAAGAGUGGGGUUGGUGUUGGGGGGAGGCGGAGACGGCUAGCUGACAUGUCCUUUGUCCCCCGUUGUUCGUACAGGCUCUUACUCAUCCUCGCCUACGCCAACGGUUUGCAGAUUUGGGAUACGUCCAAUCUUGGAUCUGUGAAGGAGGUUUUGAAUGUUAAUUUUGAGCCGGAGACGCUUGCGAGGCUGGGGUUUGUUGAUGAGGAGGCGCAUGAGAGCGAGAAGGAGGUGCGAGCUGUGGAUGCGCAGAUCGUACCCACCCCCCUUGGAAAGACGAAGAAGGAUGUGUGGGAGGGGGAGAGGCCUUUACUUGGAAUCUUGUUGAAUUCGACGGAUCGGGAAGGAGAGACGUCUACCACCUUCGCUCUGUAUUCCUUGAAGAACCAUCGAGUGGUUGAGAAGACGGGGUUGGUCGGUGUUGGAGAGAGGGUUGAGUGUAGUAGUGCUGGGUUUGUUGCUGUUUCAACGACCUCGCCACCCUCGAUCCAUAUCCUGUCCUCCACCUCGCUCGAAACGCUGUACACCGUCCCGUCGUCAUCGCUAGCGCUCUUCGCGCACCCUCCGGCGGGGCAUAGGACGUCGACGUACCUGCCUUCCACGAGUAACCUUGCAGAGUCGAUUCUUAGUGCUACGCAGACGCAGCCGUUUGCUACACCCGGGCCAGUAGGGAGAACGACCUCCGCCACGGCGCAAGGGGCGAAGAAGCCGGUGUUUAGUCUUUCAGGACGGCUUUUGGCUUUUGCUGUACCCUCUACGACGAACGAGGGUGUGGGGGAUAAGAGGCGUGGAGUGGGAGGUGGGGAUGUAGGAGGAGGGGGUGGAGGAAGUGGUGGAGUGGGAGGAGAGGGAAGGGGUGGUGGUAGUCCGUCGAGUGUUGGAUCUGGAACUGGGUUUAGUUUUGGGCUUUCGAAUUUGUCGAAUAUUUCUGAGAUAGGCAAGAAUGUUUCGGAACUAGGCCGGAAUGUCGUGCAAGGCCGGAUUCCGACUAGUCAAGCCGAGUUGGGGAGUGCGGCGCUCAAGGUUGGGGGGAGCGUGCUUAGUGGGAUGAGGUUCCUUGGCGGGAAGGCUGUGGAGGCUGUGGCGAAGAGGAGUGUUAGUGGUGGUGGUGGGUUUGGCGGUGGGGACGCGUCGCCGGCGGGCAGUUCGCCUGUGAUGACGAGUCGGGGUGUGGGUCCUGGCGCAGGAGGAGUAGGUGCUGGUGGAGUAGGAAUGGGAGGUGUGGGUGGAGGAAGGGUGUCGAGGAGUGCCCCGACGGAUCUGGGCUUUGGCGAGGGCCUUGGAGGGCAGAGUGAGGAGAAGGCUAGGAGGAGGCUGUCGGGUUUGAGUUCUGUCUCUCCUGAUUCUAAUGGAUUUGGAGGUGGGGUUUCGCCCUUGACGAAGGGCAGGGUUGAGAGGGGGUCUGUUGUUCGUGUUGUUGAUUUGGGGACGUUGGUGGAUGUCAACGGCAACGCGAAGAAAGAAUUGGCAGCAGCCAAGUCUUCGACGACGGCCAGGACCUCGGCAGCGAACAAGACUUCUCCUACGACGACGAACAAAUCUUCGACAACGACGAAAGCUCCCUCGACGACCAAGACGCCAAAGGUCGUCGUGACUUUAUCGGAUGGGCAGGUUACGAAGGUUUUCAAGGUUGUUCCUGGGCCUCCUGUUCCGUCGGGUCUGCGGGGUGCCAGGGUGGGAGAGGAAGGUGUACAGUCGAGUACGUCGCCUGGUCGAGCGCAGUAUGCGUCCCAGUCUCCUCCGCACGGGCAAGGGUCGUACCAGGACCGAACUCAAGGAGCGUACCAAGACCGACCUCUAGGCACUGCGAUACACCUGUACGACCUUCGUCGCGGUGUUUCCUCUGCUGUCAUUGAGGAUAUUGAAGUUCUUCCCGACGGAUUGCUCGCUGGAGUGACGACGAGGAAUCGGACUGUUCAUGUUUUUGCUUCGAACCCGUUUGGUGGACGGACGGAUGUGGGUGCGCAUUUGAGUGGGAGGGUUAGGGAUUAUGUUGGGGGAUUGAAUCCGCCGUUGAAAGUCCAACUGUCGCCUAUCGUCCGCGUUCGAGGAUCGAGGCUUGGGAAUCAAGAUGGGACGGGAGAUGGACCGAGGGAUCGAACGAUGGGGUUGUGCUUCCGCCUUCGCUCAAUGCGCGUCCGAGGUCUCUACACCUCGAUUCCGCCUCCUCCACUGCUCCGCUGUCCUCGUCCCCCUCAGCGACGUCCUAUACCUCGAACUACCACCUCGCCUCUGCACGCCAUUCUCGACCCAAUGAGAAUCACCAGGAUACACUCCUCUUCGAUCCGGGGAGAGGUGUAG